GUACCACUGAUACUUUAUUUCUGAAUCCAAAGUUAAAAUUGUUAAACUUUCACAAAGCUGUGAGAAAAUGCUGCAUAUCCUUUGCAAUAAUAUGUUUAUCCAUUGAACUAUAUCAAGUGCUUCAGAUUCAAAAUGGCGACAAUGAAAAACUCCACACAGCUUUCAUAUUUCAUACUCGGUGCCUACUCCUACUCCGACACCAGGCUUUUAAUAUACUUAUAUUUCCUGAUUGUUCUGAUUUUUUACAUUUCAAUUAUUUGUUCCAAUGUGUUGCUGAUUGUGGUUAUCUGUCUGAACAGGAGCUUACAUGAACCCAUGUACAUUUUUCUGUGCAGCCUGUUUGUAAAUGAGCUGUUUGGUAGUACAGGGCUGUUUCCAUUCCUUCUGGUUCAGAUCCUCUCUGACAUUCACACUGUUUCUGCUCCUUUUUGUUUCCUGCAGAUUUAUUGUUUGUACUCUUAUGGAGUUAUAGAAUUUUUUACCCUUGCCAUCAUGGGUUAUGACAGAUAUCUCGCUAUCUGCUAUCCUCUACAAUAUAACUCACGUAUGACAUAUAAUAAGAUUGCCGUGUUUACUGCUCUAAUAUGGAUAUACUCUUUAUUAAUCAAUGUUGUUGCAUUGUGUGGUCUGACUCUGCCUUUACAGCUCUGUGGGAACAUCAUUAACAAAGUUUACUGUGACAACUAUUAUGUUGUCAAACUGGCCUGUUCUGACACAUUGGUCAAUAACCUCUUUGGACUUGUUCACUUGUUCACAGUAACAUUUGGUCUUAUCAUUUUAAUCCUUUACUCUUACAUGAGGAUCCUUAAAGUGUGUUUUUAUGGCUCCAAGCAGACGAGACAGAAAGCUUUCAGCACCUGCACACCUCACCUCGCUUCUCUGCUCAACUUUUCUUUAGGAGCUUUCUUUGAAAUAGUACAGAGCAGGUUUAACUUGAAUUAUUUACCCAACAUUUUGCGCAUUUUUUUGUCACUGUAUUGGCUUACAUGCCAACCACUAAUCAACCCUUUACUGUACGGAUUCAAAAUGUCCAAAAUACGCAUUGUAUGUAGAAAUCUGAUCUUUGAGGGUAAAAUAUAACUAUAUCAUCUGACAAUUUUGUCUGAACAUUAUUUAAUUUCCUGCAAUUUCCUAAUAUUUUAGCCAAGAUU